CGCGGCGCUCGGCCCCCGCCGCACCGCACCGCACCGCACCGCACCGCGUGGCCGUGGGGGCUCGCGGCCGGGGGGGGCCGCGAUGCCGCCCUGGCUGCUCGGCGGGCUCUGGUGCGUGCUGGCGGCGCUGGGCGGCGGCCCCGCGGGCGCGGAGCCGGCGGCGGCGGAGGAGGCGGCGGAGGAGAAGCUGAUCCGGGUGCUGGUGCUGCUGCCGCAGGACGACGCCUACCUCUUCUCGCUGGCGCGGGUGCGGCCGGCCAUCGAGUACGCGGUGCGCAGCCUGCGCGAGAGCGGCUCGGGGCUGCCGCCGGGCUACGCCUUCCAGCUCACCUACGAGGACUCGGCGUGCGGCAACCGCGCGCUCUUCAGCCUGGUCGACAUGGUGGCCCUGCAGCGCCGCCGCCCCGACCUGCUGCUGGGCCCCGUCUGCGAGUACGCGGCGGCGCCGGUGGCGCGGCUGGCGGCGCACUGGGACGUGCCCAUGCUGUCGGCGGGCGCCCUGGCGGCCGGCUUCGGCGCCAAGGGCGGCGAGUACUCGCACCUCACCCGCGUGGCGCCCGCCUACGCCAAGAUGGGCGAGAUGCUGCUGGCCCUCUUCCGGCACCACCAGUGGAGCCGCGCCACGCUGCUCUACAGCGACAGCAACCCCGAGCGCAGCUGCUACUUCGCCAUGGAGGGCGUCCACGUGGUCUUCCAGGAGGAGGCCUUCCACAUGGCCGUGCACAGCUUCGACGAGGGCAGCCGCCACCUCGACCUCGACGACGUGGUCCGCACCCUGCAGGCCGGCGAGCGGGUUGUAAUCAUGUGUGCCAGCGGUGACACAAUCAGGAACAUCAUGUUAGCUGCUCAUCGACAAGGAAUGACCAAUGGGGACUAUGCUUUCUUCAAUAUUGAGCUCUUCAACAGCUCAUCAUAUGGAAAUGGCUCUUGGAAAAGAGGAGACAAACAUGACCUUGAAGCCAAGAAGGCGUACUCAUACCUCCAGACCGUCACCCUGCUAAGGACAGUGAAACCUGAGUUUGAGAAGUUUUCCUUGGAGGUGAAAAGUUCUGUUCAGAAGCAAGGGCUGCAUGAGGAUGAUUACGUGAACAUGUUUGUGGAAGGAUUCCAUGAUGCUAUUCUUCUUUAUGCUCUAGCUUUACAGGAAGUCCUGAAGUAUGGCUUCAGUAAGAAAGAUGGGGAAAAAAUUGUUCAGCAAACGCGGAACAGAACAUAUGAAGGCAUUGCAGGGCAGGUGUCCAUUGAUGCCAAUGGAGACAGAUAUGGGGAUUUCUCUGUGAUUGCAAUGACGGACCCAGAGGCAGGCACACAAGAGGUGAUCGGGGACUACUACGGAAAGCAGGGACGUUUUGAAAUUCGAUCAAAUGUGAAAUAUCCUUGGAGUCACGGCAGGCUGAGAUUAGAUGAAAGCCGUGUUUCAGAGCACACAAACAAUACACCGUGUAAAUCAUCAGGUGGUCUAGGAGAAUCAGCAGUUACAGGAAUAGUUGUGGGCGCUCUGCUCGGAGCAGGAUUGCUAAUGGCUUUUUACUUUUUCAGAAAGAAAUACAGAAUCACUAUUGAAAGACGAACUCAACAGGAGGACUGUAACAUGGGGAAACAUCGGCAGUUACGUGAAGACUCCAUUAGAUCUCAUUUUUCUGCUGCAUAAAGAAGAAGAAAAAUAAUCCCAUUCUUCCUGGAAAAAGAAAUUAGGGAAAUGGACACAACCAAAGACAUCAGUGUAAAAAGAAGAGGCUCUCGAAGAACUUACUCUUUUAAGCAGUAAUUUUAUCUUAAUUUCUUUCAGAAGCUCAGGAAUGAUUUACUAAUCACAUUAUACCACAUGGCCUUUCAUCUCAUGAAAAAAGAAAAUGACAAAGUUUGAUCUUAUAAGAUGUACUUAAUGUGUAAAGACAAUAUUUCUUAAGGCAUAUGCUAAGGGCAGCAGAUUUGGGCUUGGUUGAUGGGGAUGCCUCUUUUGGUUCCCUUUUUUUUUAGCUCCUACUGCCUUCUUCCUUAAUGAAAUCUCACUUGUGGGUAUCGAAUGUGGUUUCACAGACACAGGUGCUGCUUUGCUGUCAAAAUGAAAAAAGGGCUUCAUUUGGGGUGUGAUCCUGCAUCGCUGAAUGAUUGCCGUUGAUUACAGGGGAUGCAGGACUGGAUAUAUAGAGCUCACUCCUGGGAGGGAACUGGCGCUUGGGUGUAAUUAACUCCACUGAGAAAGUCAGGCAGGUGGAAACACACACAAGUCAUCCCUGCCUUGUGUGUACAGUAGCGCACUGAAAAGCACUGGUUCUCCCUUGUACACACUGGGAGUCAGGAACAGCUCCAGUGAAGGACGUGGAGUUUCACUGGUAUAAAAUAGCAUGGGAGAAGACAAUCAAGCCUCCGGAGAGGACUGGCUAAUUCUUCAGUCUUACGUGUGUUUUAUCAUGCUCUUUUCUCCCCACUGCCAUCACCUUUCAGAGAGGCAAAUAUAGUCUAUGAAGAGCCUCUUCCUGUUCCCAGUGAAGUCAAUGGCAAAGUCCCAUUAACUUCAGUGAGUACAGGAUUACAUCCAAAAUAUGUAAAUAUGAAAGAUACAGAAGUGUUUGUAUAGCAGAGGCAAUUCAAAAGAGGGUCUUUUGUGUAAAAACAACAUUUCAUGCUAACAUUUUAUUUUUAGGAUAAUUUUUAUCUUGUAUUUUUCUAUUAAAAUAUCUAUUUUUUGCUUUGGUAGGAUUAAAAAUUAAGGGGAGUGAACGUUUGAAGACAUAUUUUUUAUGACAGGAGUAACAUGCAGGGAAAGUCAAUAGAUGUAAAUACAUUUUAAAAAUCAGUAUGUGGGGAAGAGAAGGGAGUUUAUGGAUAAUAACAAUUAUGGAUAAUAACAAGCUUUCUGCCCCACUCUGUUCUCCAAGCAUGUGCAACAUGCAAAUAGUUAUUUAACCAAUAUAAAUGUGCUUAUACAAUUGUCCAUAUGAUGGCCCUGAUCCUGAAAAUAAUUAACUUUUCCUAUGUUGGGUAGUCUCAUGUUAGUCAGUGAGACUAAUCAUUCAUGUAUGUACAAUUAAACACACUACCUCCAUGACUGGGGUGGUAAAACACUACUGUAGGGCUGAUUUUAAUAUUUCUGCCAUCAGUAGUCCUAGGAAUUUUGCCAUUAAUUUUAUUGGGAGCAAGACUAAAUCUGUGAUGAAUUAGCUACUGAUAGGUUAUUUUAUAUUAGAGGAGAGCUCUAUGCUUUCUAAUCAACAAAUGGAAGUGAACAGUAUGUAUUAUAAACAUGAUGAAUAAGACCCAUAAAAACAUUGUCUGAGAAAACCCAACUAUGACCAUGAUUCUAAUGUGGUAAAUCUUUUGGUUUAUCCUAUUCUGAUUUCAGAAGCAGAACUUUUGGGUCCCAUAGUUAUACUUUACAUGAAAGUUAUCCUCAAAACUGGCACUGAAGCCCAUGUUCUACAAAACUUUCACACUCUGAGAAGCUCAAGGGCAAAUUCAGAGAAACCAUUUUGGGGUAGCUGGAAGUGAGUGAAGAGCAAAAGUUGGCUUUAUCUUCUUUCUGCUGUCUUUUAUCAGUUAAUGUUAUAUGUGCAGGUCACAUGGGAUAUUUCCCUGGGCUGGUUUUACUGUUUCUUACAUUGCACUGUCUCUUAACAUAUGUGGUGGUUCCUUGCCUGCCCUUUUGAAAUAUCAUCCAAUGUCCCAGGGCAAGGCUUCUCAAAUCUCAGGGCUGCUCCAGAGUAGAUGAUGGCUGUAGAGCAGGUAGAUGUGGCAUCUUUAGGCCUCACAGUUACUGAGCUGUCAUUCACAUGGUAGAUUCACAUCAUCCCAUUUCCCUUUCUGGACCUACAGCGUAUGACUUCUACGAAGGUGCCUUGGCCAAAGUAACAGGCCAAUGGACACUGUUUUCUGGAGUGGCCUCCUUAGCCCAUGGGCAGCAGAGAAGGACAUAGGCUAGAGCAGCAGUUAUACUGCUGUAGUGUUGGAGUGGAAAAAAAGAAUUUCUAAUUGUUUUUUGGAAUUUUUUUCAAGCAGUUGACUUUAUUUAGCUUGGGGGAGGGAGGGGUGUGAUUAAUUUUUUUUUAGCUAAUUUCAAAGAGAGUUUUAUGUUUUGAUUUGGAAAUAUACCUUUCAGUAUUCUUUCUUUCUUUUAUCCAUUUGAUUACUUUGCCACUGAAAAAGGGAAGAAAACUUUUUAAAAAUGUAGAGGAAGGGUGGGUAUGAUCUCAAGGAUAAACUUUUUAAGAAAUGUUUGCUCUGACUUGCCUUGCAGACUGAACUCAUACUCCCUCAGUCCCUAGUUAGGGAGCACCGUAGUAGUGUAGAUCUGCUUUUUUUCCUGUGCCAAGCACUGUUAAGUCAAACAGGAAGAUCUGGGCCAGGACAGAUCUGGCUGGGACAACAAAUUGUUAGGACAAUUUUUUUAUUGUGCCAUUUUACUCUAAAUUAAAAAUAAAAAACAAACAGAAAAAGUAUAAUUAAAGGUCACUCUUAAAUUAAAAAUGUAAUAAUUCUGAUCCCCAAUUAUGUGAAGCGUUUUUAAUCACGUCCUCAGGAAGUGUUGUCAUGAGAUAUCUGCUGGUGGGAUGCUGAUGGAGGUCUGGCCACAUUUUACAUCCCAGCAUCUCCCACCAUCCUCCAUAGGUGAACCAUUCUUGCAUAUUAGAACAUUUUAGAUCAACGGGUUGUAAUCUUUCUGAAUUUGGGAACACGUGUACAUUUUUGCCAUGGAGAUGUAGAGAUCAUUUAAGACAUUUCACAUAAGUAGAUUCCUGCAUAGCAUAAAUAAACUUGCUCUUCUUAGCUGCCUUUCACAGGCCUCUUGCUAAUAGUUCCCAGAUCUUCCAAGGACUAUAGAUCACAAACUGCUUUGAGUUUAGAUUAUUCAGCAGAGAGAUUCUUUACCAUCUAAUGCACUUUUCCUUUCUGGCUCAUCUGCAUUAGCUCAAUGCCACAAUGUUUAGGCUUCAACCUCUGUAAGAGAAUGUCUAAUCAAAAUAAUAAUAAUGGAUUCCCAAAAGAGUUUUCAAAACCUACAUUUUUGGCUGCAACAAAUUGCCCGUAUUACAAACAUACAUCUGUAUUACAGAGCAGCACAAGGAGGGCCUUGACUCAACCCAGUACUUUAGAACACACUUAAAAUAUGCUCGACUUCAGCUUCUAAGUGCUUUGCUCACAUGGGACCAAAGGGUACGAUCCUGGUCCUGGUUGAACCAAAGGGAAUCUUGCCAUGUACUUAAACCAGAAAAAGGUUGGCCCCAUAGUCCAUAUGUUUUUUGCUACGUCUUACAGCUGUGGCUGUUAACUUGAAACUAUACUUGUGGCUUUGGGUUUUUUGUCUGUUUGUUUGUCAAAGAUCUUCUGCUAAUUUAGCAUUUCUUUAAAUUACUUAAUAUUAUUCAGCUUAAUAGGGUCUCUUCUUGAGGAUUCUAGGGACAAGUUAUCUGGCUUCCAGCUCCUUAUCUUCAACAUGCAGACUUCCACUGCAAGCUGGCUAUUGCAGACUACUCUCCAAAGACAAAGGUGAAGCAAAGCUUUCAACAGUACCUCUGAUUUAGUAUGCUGAGACCCACAGCUUUAGAGUCAGAUGUCUAGAUACCUUAGUCUUGGCCAUAGGUACUUCUGGAAAUUUUGCUUGUGGAUGGUUUUUUUGUUCUGAGUUGUCUCAGAAGUUUGUAAGCAGUUCCUUCUGUGAUGUGCUUCACUGAAGACCAAAUCCAGCCAAGUUCUGAGAAUAUGGAGCCAUUGCUAAAAAUUAGGAUUGAGGGUGCUGUGCACCUUGCAGGAUUGUGUCCAGAAUUCAGUUUAAUAAAGAGGUGUAUUCAUUCACUUCUGAAAAUAAAUGUUAAUGAUCUAUUUUCAGAUUGUUUUUAAGAAAUGCUUUCUUGCAUUUUUGAAAGCCUUUUGUUAUUUUUUAAUGGAUAAUUAUUAAGAUGUGGCUAAUGCUUUGAAAAUGCUGGGAGGAGAGAGUUGUGCAGGACAAAAUAAGUAUGUUCUCUGACAGGGUGUUUUACUGAGAGGUUAAUUUCUGAUUCAUUUUUUGACUUGGAGAUCCAAUCCCACUCCUAUUAAGCUGAUGAAAAAAACCUCUCAUUGACUCAAUGGAAGCAAGCGCAGGCCCUUUGUGAAGUGUCUGCAGGCUUUAAACUCGGCAUCUUGAAGCAGUUCAGAGUGAAUUUCUCAGCUUUGCAAUAGAACAGGCUGCAUCAGCCUUAGCUGACCUUGGCUCUGGAGCGAUUUUCACCUCAUGAAUGCCAUAAUGCUCCUGGAAAGCCAAGAAUAGACAUCAAAGACAGGAAGCUAAUAGUCCUGGUCAUAAAUUUCUUUGGCAAUUCAGUCCACCUUUUCCGGAGCUUAAGACAGUUCCACAUCCUUCACUACCCUCCUUUACGCUUCACAGUAGCCAUGUAACCAUUCUGUUUCUAUAAAUAAUGCAGAUGAGAUUUUUUUCUCAAUUUCUCCCAGGGUAGAAUGAAAACUGUUGAAUUCCCUGGUUUUUCAUGCCUUUUUCUCUAGCUUCAGAAGUACUCUGAAGAGACACAGCCAUUUUCCAUCAUUUAUUCAGAAAUGCUUCCUCUUCACUGAGAUGUGGCUUUUAUAUAGCUUCAGCCUUCGCUUGUGGCUGCCAUGCUGUUGAGCUGUGGACGCAGGUCACGUUGGCCCUCUUCCAUACCAGCCAUUAUCUGAGAUCUAGAGCCAGAAUUGUCAGAUGUUACCUGUCUUUGUAACUGACUAAGUGAAGUUGAAAGAUUGGCUUGACCAAAAACUUUAUGAAGUUUAAUCUGAAGUUUGCAGCUGGUGUCCUUUCCUCUUAAGAACACCCAAGACUAGUACUGCAUAUUGUGAGUAUUGGAGCAGUCCCAUUAAAGCCAGUAUGAUUACUGGGCAUGACUGGGCUGCAGAACUAGGUUGUAGUUCAGCCAUGGUUGGAUGAUGUCUGUUUGUGUGGUGAUGUCAGGCAGUGUCUUUUGUUUUUGCCCUAAUCGUUGAUGCUACGUAAUGACACCAAAUUUAGUGACCCUCAAAGCAGGACAGAUAGGAACAGAUAGGUAAGUUCUAAUGGUGCAUGACUUAUUUUAUUGGUCAGGGACAUGUCCUAAUAACUUCUGUCACAGCAAUGAACAAUCAAGGGACAAAUUUCAGCAAUGUGCAUGUAUUGUAGGAGGCAACUUUAGUCUUUUUCAGAAACAAAGACAUAUAAAAGUUACUUUUUGGAAUAUACUUUUAAAGAAAUGCUGGAAAAAGUUUUGCCUUCAGGUAUGUGCUGCACAUGCCUCUAAUCCUUCCCUCCUUUCUUUCUUGCCAUUGAAAGCACAAGAAGAUUUGUGGAUAUGUGAAACCUUUCAAAUGGAAGAAUCAAGUGUUUGCACUGUGCAUAUCCCUACUUAGAGUCAGAAAUGAGUUCAGAUGGCAAAAGACCUGUAUUUUUUCCACUCUCAGAUACCUUCUAACAUUGUAACUCUGAGUCUGAUGGAAAAUGAUUGUUGAAAUUAAAACAAAUAGCUACUUGUGAUAGACCUCAGACCUGGCUGUCUACGGGAUCAGCAAGCUGUGCAGUAGACUUUGAUAGUGUGUUUUUUCCUCUAGAGAAUGACAGGAAGCCUAAGGACUUUGAUUUGCCCCAGUAAAGUCUUAAAUCUGGCAUAGAUGCAGCUCUCCCUUUUUCUCACCCAUAGAAGAAGAAAGGAUGAUGGUUAUGGCUGCUGUUCUUACAAGGAUAUUGCUGAUUUUGAUCAAGAAGAUAAUGCUGCCAUGGCUUUGAGGCUUCCUUGGACUAGUGUUUAAUUAUGUCCAGUAUAUCAUUACAUAGUUUUUUUUAUUAUGCUAUUACUUCUUCCAGAAUUUACAUUUCAGAGUGCCUCUUAACUGACAUACACAAGAUUUACAGCAUACAAAACUGGCUUUCAAAAGAUGAGGCUUAGAGUUCAUUCAAAAUCUCUUACUAACCACUAAGUUAAUAUUCUACAUCAAAGCCAAAAUAUUCUAAAUUAUCUGACACUGUUAAAGUUUGUAUGUUAAGCUAUAGUACUUCUGAAAUCUUACAUGGAUUCAUUAGGUGUUAAAUCUUUGAAAGGUUAAAAUCCACUCUCUGUGAACUGUUGCUUGGUGUUUUUGUCAUGUGAAUGUUUCUAGAAGACACUUGAGCAAACAAAGGAAAUGUACCAAAAAGGGUUUAAAAAAAAUCAUUUUAAGGUUUCUUUUGUAAUUUUAACUGGUAUGCACAAGGAACGCACAAUUCUCUCCCCAAACUCUGAUCAGAGGUUUUGCUAAUGUUACACUAAGCCUUCAGCUGAUAUAAUCAGCACAGCUACGCUGAUUCGUACUAGCUGAUGAUCUGGACGUUUCUUUCUCUGCGAACUGCAAAUGCAGUGUGACAUAGGAGUGAGCCACCACUGAAACGCCAAUAUCACAGUUACUAAUCUGUGGACAGUUAUUUUGGUGCCAUGUGAGAUGAUUAAUGUUUCCUCUCAUAUUUAGUACCUCCCUAUUGCAGCUUUGUGGCAGAUGUUGUAAUGACUUCUGCAGCAAAGGAUGCAAGAAAUGAAAAGAUCUGUUGAAAAUAUAGGGAAAGUAUCUGUGCAGUUGAGUUAGGGAGAAGGAAGAGGGAAAAUACUCAGGGACUGAUUAUACUCCCAUGAAGAUACUGUUGACUCUGGUGAGGGUGGGAUCAAACUCUUUCUGUACAGUACACUGUCUUUAUUGUUCCAUACCUAAUUUCUUAAAGACUCAGCAGAAAGCGUAUUCACCUUUUAAAUCCCACAUAGUCCCCUUACAUAAAGUUUAAAUGGGAUUUAAGUGGUGCAUAGGACCUGGCCAGGGUGCACUAGACCAAAAGUUGUGGUAUUACCUAGUAACAAUGUCUCCUUGACUGCACAGAUCUAAAAGUGCUGAGGACACGUGGGUAGAGUGGCGGGAUGAAGGCGAUGGGUAGAAUUGGCUGUGUUUCUUGUGCAUAGGCUGUAAUUAUCACAAAACUAAAAGGACUCAGGAUAGACACUGUGGACAUUAACUCUGUCCCCUUUUUUGGGUGAUACUGUCCAUUAUUAAUGUAAAAAUACUGGACAACAGAAAAACCUAUUAUCAGUCUAGCAGAAAAUGAAUGGAAAGCUGCACAGUAUAUUGUACUGAUGUAAGUAGAACUAUCUGCAUAUAAUGUGAUUUUAUUUAUUGUUGUUUUUGUGUAGAGGAGAGUGAGUAUUCAUGACUGUGGAUAUAACCUUUGUUUAUUUGUGUAAUGUAUUUUAUUUCUGUUAUGACUUGGUCAUUUAAAAUAUCUACAGUCAUUGGUGUCCUUUGACUUUUUAUUAUGUACAUUUUCUUUUAAACAUUUAAAAAAUGCAAGAAUAUCACAUACCCAAAUUGUAGCAACAUGUUUCCAUUAAAGAAAUAGGAAUCUGA